GGUUCCAACGUUUGCUCUGGCGCAUCAAAUUUAUAUUAUUUGUUUUUAAAUUUAUAUAAGUUUAAACCUAGGUGAAAUAAAAUGGAAGCUAAAACUUUAGCCGGUAUUGCUGCAGGCAUUAUUGUAUUGAGUUGUGCUCAAAAUUUACGAAAGAAAAAAAAUAAAUUAAGACGUCAAAGGCGUUGGUGGAUGUUAUCAAUACAUAAAAGUAGAGGACAAUUCAACGGCUUAAUCUUGCUAGCUGAUCUACAAAAGGAACCUUCUGGGAAAUUUAUGAAUUUUUGCCGGAUGUCUGCCGAGGAUUUUGAAAUCAUUUUAAAUCAAAUUGGGCCACAUAUCUUAAAACAAGAUAUUAAUAUGCGAAAGGCCAUUUCCAUACAAGAGCGAUUAGUAAUAACGCUUCGAUUUUCAGCGACUGGCAACAGUUUUACCAGUAUUGGCUAUUUGUUUAAGGUAUCAAAUCAGACCAUCAGCGUUAUUGUGCCAGAAGUGUGUAAGGCCAUCAAUGAAGCUUUAAAGGAUCAAAUAAAAAUUCCAAAAACACAACAAGAAUGGAUGAAAAUUGCGAACGGGUUUCAAUACUACUGGAAUUUUCCACACUGCUUGGUCACAAUAGAUGGAAAACAUAUAGUGUUGCAGGCUCCAUUUAAUAGUGAAUCGGAAUAUUUUAAUUAUAAAAAAUCCUUUAGUAUAGUGCUAAUGGCUUAAGUUGACUAUGAUUAUAACUUUAUAUUUGUUGAUAUUGGUGCCCAGGGCCGAAUGAAUAAUGCUGGAGUUUUUGCAAGUACAACAUUAUAUAAGAAAAUGAUUAAAAAUGAACUAUCACUACCACCUAUGGAGCCAUUAAUAGGUCGUGAGAAACGAGUCCCGUAUGUAUUCAUCGGAGACGAUGCAUUUCCAAUGAGCAGAUCAUUAUUAAAACCAUAUUCUGGAACUCACUUAAAAAAUAGCAUGGAAAGAAUUUAUAAUUACCGACUUUGUAGGGCACGUAGGGUUGUUGAGAACGUUUUUGGAAUUGUAGCUUCCGUAUUUCGAGUUCUUAGGGCUCCUAUGUUAUUGCAGCCCGAAAAAGCAGCUUUAGUCUGUAUGACAUGCACACAACUGCAUAACUUUAAGAAAAAGUAAAACACCUAGGAAUAGCUAUACUCCAAAUGGUUUAUUUGAUAUUGAGAUAAAUGGGCAAAUAAUGGAUGGGACCUGGCGUAAAGACAGUUCAAU